UUUUGGGGUUUCCUUGGUUUUGGGGCUCCUCUGGCUGCUGCUCCAUCGGUGUUUCCCAUCUUUAGAAAAGCCAACGUGGUGCUGGAGACCCGGCAGCUGGCCAUGAAGAUCUUCGAGGACUACACGGUGUCCUGGUACUGGAUCAUCAUAGGCCUCGUCAUCGCCAUGGUGGCCAGCCUCAUCUUCAUCGUGCUGCUGCGCUUCCUGGCCGGGGUCAUGGUGUGGGUGAUGAUCGUGAUGGUGAUCCUGGUGCUGGGAUACGGAAUCUUCCACUGCUACGUGGAAUACGCCAAGCUGAAAGGAGAAGCGGGGUCGGACGCGUCCCUGACGGAUUUGGGCUUCCAGACCGACCUCCGCGUCUACCUGCACCUGCGGCAGACCUGGCUGGCGUUCCUGAUCAUCCUGUGCGUGCUGGAGCUGGUGAUCGUCCUGCUGCUCAUCUUCCUGCGCAAGAGGAUCCUCAUCGCCAUCGCGCUCAUCAAGGAGGCCAGCAGGGCCAUCGGUCAUGUCAUGUCGUCGCUGCUCUUCCCCCUGUGCACCUUCUUCCUGCUGUGCCUCUGCAUCGCCUACUGGGCCAGCACUGCUGUCUUCCUGUCCACCUCCAACGAGGCUGUGUACAAGGUGUUCAACGAGUCUGCCUGCCCCUACUCGGGGCACACCUGCAAACCUGAGACCUUCAACACCACCAACGUCACCAAGCUGUGCCCGGACGCCCAGUGCCUGUUCGCCUUUUACGGCGGCGAGACCUCCUACCACAAAUACCUCAUCGUGCUGCAGUUCUUCAACCUCUUCAUGUUCUUCUGGCUGGCCAACUUCGUCAUCGCGCUGGGCCAGGUGACGCUGGCCGGCGCCUUCGCCUCCUACUACUGGGCCUUCAAGAAACCCGACGACAUGCCGGCCUUCCCGCUCUUCUCCGCCUUCGGCCGCGCGCUGCGGUACCACACGGGCUCGCUGGCAUUCGGCUCACUGGUGCUGGCCGUGGUGCAGGUGAUCAGGGUCACCCUGGAGUACCUGGACCACCGGCUGAAAGCUGCAGAGAACAAGUUCGCCAAGUUCCUCCUGAGCUGCCUCAAGUGCUGCUUCUGGUGCCUGGAAAAAUUCAUCAAGUUCCUCAACAGGAACGCCUACAUCAUGAUCGCCAUCUACGGCACCAACUUCUGCGCCUCGGCCCGCAACGCCUUCUUCCUGCUGAUGAGGAACAUCAUCAGGGUGGCUGUGUUAGAUAAAGUCACGGAUUUCCUCUUCUUCCUGGGCAAGCUGCUCAUCGUGGGGAGCGUGGGAAUCCUCGCCUUCUUCUUCUUCACCCACCGGAUAAAGCUGGUCCAGGACACGGCGCCGCCGCUGAAUUACUACUGGGUCCCCAUUCUGACGGUGAUCGUGGGCUCCUACCUCAUUGCCCACGGCUUCUUCAGCGUCUACGGCAUGUGUGUGGACACCCUGUUCCUUUGCUUCUUGGAGGACCUGGAGCGCAACGACGGCUCGGCGGAGAAGCCGUACUUCAUGUCGCAGGACCUGAGGAGGCUGCUCAGGAAAACCAACAAAGGCCAGCCCGACGCCUAGCGCCCCGAAAAACCGCCUGGAAUUCGCCUCCAUGGACCUCGGACCGCCCGCUGCUCCUCCUCCUCCUCCUCCUCACCGCGGAUUUGUCCGCGGCUCGGCCUUCAGCCCUCGUGCUGGUGGGCGAUGGUGAUGGGUUUGUCCUUGUGCCAGUGCCACCCCUGGGCUGUGGCAGGGCUGAAAUCCCGGUGCCUGAGCGCCAGCGACUCCAAAGCCGGUCCAGUCCCGGUGAAUCUUCCUGAACUCGGCCUGUGGGCCCCCCCAGAGCUCUGAAUUUUGGCUGUUCGUUCCUGCCUGGAGAGCGGGGGAUCGCUUCCCAUCCCUCGCUGCCUUUUGUCGAGCCCCGUUUUGGGCACUAAUUAAUUAAUUAUUUUAGGAAUAAGCUAAUCAGUGCUUUUGUAGCCACGGAAGGUGGAGGGGAACGAGGGAGCAGAAUUUGGGGCUUGAGGCUCUGCCCAGUUCUUGCACCUCUUGAGGACCCACAGAUUGCUCCCCAAAAUCUGCAUCUGCUCCCCCAAAGUUGUGCUGAGGGCAAACCUUUCCCCAGCUUCAAUCCCGGAGCAUGGGGAGGGGGCCUGCAUGGACCUGGGGGAGGGUUUUGGGUUCCUUCUGGGUGAUUUCAGCAAAGCCAGCGGCAGCCAACACCUCCCGCCAGGAGGGGGAAAAUGGGAUUUAUUUUUUGAGGUGAAGAGGGUUAAUUAACACCAAAAUAUAACAGACUCAGCUAAAAUGUAACAGAAUUAACCCUCAGACCCUGUGCGGCAGCGGGAGCAGAGCCACCACCAACAACUGGGCUUUUUUUUUUUUUUUUUU